AUGAAAGGAGGGGGAAACAAGAAGUGCCUAGCCUAUGUUGCUAUUUUCAUCGUGUUUCAAAUCAUAGUGAUCACCAUCUUCGCACUCACAGUGAUGAAGAUAAAGGGUCCUAAAGUCAGGUUCCAAACCGCGACUGUCAGUAACUUCAACUCCGACAGCUCCACCGCUGCAUCUUUCAGCGGCGAUUUGGUGACCAAAUUUGCUGUCAAGAACACGAACUUCGGUCACUUCAAGUACCCCAACAGCACUGUGUCGAUCUUGUACGAAGGGCAAGUGAUCGGAACUGCUGCUGUCCCGAGCCAGAAAGCCAAAGCUCGAUCGACAAGGAGAACUGACAUCACCAUUAGCAUUGACUCGAGCAAGUUGUCCGGAACCACAAACCUCACAACCGCCAUAGGCGCUGGUGUUGUUCCCCUGACCAGUGAGUCCACUUUGAAGGGGAAGGUCGAGGUGAUGAAGAUCAUCAAGAAGAACAAGUCUGGCAAAAUGAGCUGCACCAUGUUGCUCAAUUUGAAAACCAGGACUGUUGAUGAUUUGAAGUGCAAGUGA